AGACUGAGGAAAUUAAGCCCCUCCUCUCCUUCCUACCGUUACAACACAUCACCUAUAACAGACAGAGAUGGGCUUCAAAUCCUUCUCUAGACUCAACCCCCUGUAGACUCAACCCUCUAGACUUGACCCUCCUCUAGACUUGACCCUCCUCUAGACUUGACCCUCCUCUAGACUUGACCCUCCUCUUGACUCAACCCCCUGUAGACUCAACCCUGUAGACUCAACCCUGUAGACUCAACCCUGUAGACUCAACCCCCCUUUAGACUCAACCCUCUGGACCUUCUAAAGGUUGAUAGUCAGGGGAUUUAGGCAACAUGUGUCCGAGGUUACCUCUACCUUCCGCCUCUUCUCCGUCGUCAUGGUGAGAUUUCGUCGGCCGUCGCCACAGGGUCGUCGUGGUAACGGGGAAGACCUGCACCGCGUGCGACCCCGGAGCCGGCAUGUGUUGCUUGGGGCAACGGCGUCAGGCGGGGAGGGAGAGCGAACAAGCAAAACGGAGCGAGAGAGAGAGCGGAGGGCCGCUCGAUUCAGGCUGCAGUUUCCUCAGCUGGCCUUAAGGAGACGCCUGGGUGCUCUGAGGCGCCGUGCCACGCCCCUCUCAUUCCUGCUCUACUUUUUAUCGCUGGGCCACGCCCCUCUCCGCAAGCCUGGCGCUGUCGGCAACUGGGGCCCGACAACCAGGGUGGCGUUGUACCGCAGCAUCCCCACUCGGCUGGUGUCGCGGGCGUGGGGUCGUCUGAAUCGUGUUGAGCUCCCAGCAUGGCUCAGGAAGCCAGUCUAUAGGCUCUAUAUCUGGACCUUUGGCGUCAACAUGAAGGAGGCGGAGGUGGAGGAUCUGGCUUCUUAUCGUAACCUGGGAGAGUUCUUCAGACGACCGCUGAAACCCCACACUAGACCUGUCUGUCCCUCUAGCUGUGUGAUCAGCCCAGCAGAUGGGCGUGUCCUCCAUUGUGGGCGCGUCGUGAACGGAGAGCUGGAGCAGGUGAAGGGUGUUACCUACAAGCUGCAUGACUUCCUUGGACCAAUCACCUGGGGCUCCACCCCAAACACAGGAGGCCACGACCCCUCUCUGCCAGACCCGGCGGCCUUCGAGGAACAGCUCCUUUGUAGCCCUGGCAACCAGCUGUACCACUGCGUGGUGUACCUGGCCCCCGGCGACUACCACCGCUUCCACUCCCCCGCCGACUGGACCAUCGAGCACCGCCGACACUUCCCCGGUCCACUGCUGUCGGUGAGUCCCAGCGUGGCCAGGCGUGUGCGCUCGCUGUUCUGUGUAAACGAGCGUGUGGCGCUAGCCGGCCGCUGGCAGCACGGCUUCUUCUCAUUGGUUGCCGUGGGAGCCACCAACGUGGGCUCCAUACGCAUCUACUGUGACCAGGAGCUGCAGACCAACGCGCCUCGCUACACCACCGGCUCCUACAAUGACCGCAGCUACACCAGCCCGUUGGCCGCCUCCCCCUCCAGCCCGCUGGCCGCCUCCCCCUCCAGCCCGCUGGCCGCCUCCCAGGAGGAGCUGCCGGGGAUAGGCUUGGCGUUGAGGAAGGGGGAGCCUCUAGGAGAGUUUAACCUUGGCUCCACCGUGGUCCUUCUCUUCGAAGCUCCGCCUGACUUCUCCUUCUCCUUGAGACCGGGCCAGCCAAUCCGCUUCGGCCAACCCCUUGGCAGCCUGUGAUUGGUUGGGAAGUAACACGCACCAACAAAACGUCUAACAACUCUCUUAAUUUCCCCGGACGUUAAUUAAGUCCAUCUUCUUCUUUGGGUUUGGCUUAGUUUGUUUCUACUUUACAACAUAUUUAAAUACCAAUCUGCUGCAAGUACACCGAUAUAAAUACCGAUCUGCAAGUACAAUGUAUUUCAAUACUGAUCGGCUCUCAGAACACGUUCAUUUUUACCUCUUACGAAGAUGAUGGUCGAAUUCUUUAUUCAAUGUUUUAUUUCUGUUGUUCUCUGUGUUGACAUAAUUCACCUCAAUGUCAAUUGUGAUUCAAUCACAAGGCUAUAAUUUUGGUGGAAUGUUAGUCAUUAAUAAUGUUUUCAUGAAUGCCAAAAAUAUCCAUGAAUAAGUAUGACUCAUUUUUCUUUUUCUUUUUUUAUCCCAAAAUUGUAUUUAGUUUAUUUAGUUUAAGUUAAAAUCUAUUUGUUUGUGAAAUAUGAAUAUGUAAAUACAUACAAUAAAAACUUGUUGGGGCCGUGUCCACCGAGCUGUUUUCUCUGA